AUGCCGGCUGACUGCAUCAACGUUGUUGUGGUAAAGAGAAGGAAAUCAACAUAUCGAAAGAGUAUUGUGAACACAAUCACUAAACCAAGCCAAACAAAAAAUGCAAAUUGUCUGUGGGGAACUGAAAAUGAGCAAAAUGCCUUGAUGAGAUACCACCAGUAUAAAGAUGAGAGCAACCUACCAGUGAAUAUUUGUUCAUCAUGUGGGUUGGUGGCGAAUCCAAAAUGGCCAUGGCUUGGAGCAAGCCCCGAUGCUCUUAUCUCUGAUGAGAUGGAAGAGUCUGUCUAUGGAGCUGUGGAGGUGAAAUGUCCUGCAUCCAAAGCUGGAAUCAGUGUUUUGGAAGCUUGCAGUGACAAAGCCUUUUGUUUGGAGAUUAUUGAUGGCAAACCUUCCCUCAAAAAGAAAUCAAGAUGA